ACACGCCCUCCUCCUCCUCCUCCCCUCUUCUCUCUAUCUUAUUUCAUUUUCGUUUCGUUUCCUACUAAAUUUCUCAAACCUUCUCUUUAAUAUUCUCUCGUAGUCUGACUCCUAUCGAAUCCUGAUCUCCCGACGAGUUACUGAAGAUAUAUUUAAAUUGGUGAAUUUGACUCUCCGAAUCUCCUACUUACCUAAAAGCAAGAAGAUGGGAUCCAAAACUCCUUCCACAUCCACUGAGGAAGCAACUAUAGAUGAAAGGUCUAGGAAAGGCAAAGUACCCAAAAGGAUUAACAAGGCUGUUAGGGAGAGGCUUAAGCGGGAGCAUUUAAAUGAGCUUUUCAUUGAAUUAGCUGAUACACUUGAAUUGAAUCAGCAGAACAGUGGGAAAGCCUCUAUACUCUGUGAAGCUACUAAGUUCUUGAAGGACGUGUUUGGUCAGAUUGAGUCCCUUAGAAAGGAGCAAACUACUCUCCUCUCUGAAUCUAACUACGUAACUACCGAGAAGAAUGAGCUCAAGGAAGAAACAUCAGUACUUGAGACAGAGAUCUCAAGACUACAAUCCGAGAUAGAAGCAAGACUGAAUCAGUCAAAACCCGACUUGAACAACUCUCCUGCGCCCGAGUACCAUCAUCAUCAACUUGCAUCUCAGUUUACAGGACUCCCCAUUUUCCAAGGCCCCGGCUUUCAACAAUCUUCUGCAACUCCUCCUGGUGCCACGGUUCUUGUCCUUCCAAUGCAUCCUGAUCUCCAGACACAACAAGAUACACAAGCGCCAGGGAUGAUGUAUAAUAAUAGCUCAAAUGUGAGUAAGCCAUGUCCAAGGUAUGCUAGCGCGGCUGACUCAUGGCCUUCUCUGCUACUUGGGGAGCGGCUGAAAGCUAGCGAAUGAGUCUUGGGCGGCCCCCACAAGGACGUGGGCGGGUUUAAUAACGGGAAACAGAGACGGGGCAACUUGCAAAGGACCCUUGUUUUUUUUUGUAUUUAAGCAUCGUCUAGUGUUCUUGUGGGUUUUGGCCUUAGCCAUAACUUGUUUUGUGUUGGUUUGUUUAUAGGAUCAGAAAGUUGUGGUCCUUAUGGUUCUGUGAGAAAAAUAACGAAAAUAAUUAGCUCCAAGCCUUGUUAGUUUCUUGUCUUAAGAGACAGAAAGACCACUAUAAUAAGUAAUAGAACAAAAAGAAUUAAAAACAGAGACUAUUU